UUACUAAAUCCACAAUAGUAAAAUCAGUCUGUAUAUGCAGACAUAUGAUAAGACAUAUCGUGUGGACUCUGCACAUGCUCAGUUUGGUGUCUAUUGCUAGAGAGGUUUUUGUUUUCUCUUGGGAGAGUGCAUGUGAUCAGCACUAUCCAGACAGAGGUCGGGGGUUCUGCAUCCUCCUAGAUCACAAUGAAAACACCUCCUACAAGCUUUAGCUAGUGCUCUGCUUAACACUGAUAGAAGCCACAAGACUGCUCUAACUGCUGAUGAGAAAAGAUAUUUAGCAGUUGAUAUUUACUAAAGUAAUUGCAUUUCCAUGUUGUGUGUGGUCCUGGGAGACCAGAUAUAGUGAAUGCAGGGUCCUGGGAGACCAGAUAUAG